CGCAUUUUGACUUCACCUUCCCUUUAAAAAUUAUAUAUAAUGAGCGAUAGCAAAGGCAACUCCGUUCAAAGGCCAUCUGCAACGAAACUAGUUCCCGUCGCCCACUCAUCAGAAGCAUGCGAAUUUCUGAUCGCCAAGCCCAGCAGGCCGCACUGCACCGCGUACUUGUGGGAUACUUGGGACAAAUCACUAGAGGAACGGCGAUUUUUAUUUAAGCUUGAUGCGGCUAUCCUCACUAUAGCCUCAUUGGGGUACUUUAUAAAGAAUUUGGAUCAAAUUAACAUCAAUAAUGCGUUUGUUUCUGGCAUGAAAGAAGACUUGGGUCUCAACGGAAACGAACUCAAUUAUAUGCAAACUUGCUGGACAAUAGGUUAUAUUAUUGGGCAAAUUCCAAGUACUCUUCUGUUGACGCGUAUUCGACCUUCAUUAUGGAUUCCUUCAUGUGAAGUGGCCUGGUCCGUCUUGACUAUUCUCAUGGCCAAGUGCAGCAACGUGCAACAAAUAUACGUGUUACGGUUCUUCAUCGGCCUCGCAGAGAGUACGUUUUACCCAGGUAUGCAGUAUGUCAUUGGGUCUUGGUAUCAAAAGGGCGAGCUUGGCAAGCGAUCAUGCAUAUUCCAUGCAAGCAGUGCCGUAGGAAGCAUGUUCUCCGGCUACCUCAUGGCCGCCGUCUACCAUUUCGACGGUGUGCAUGGGUUCAAAGGUUGGCAGUGGUUGUUUAUUAUAAACACGAUUAUCUCACUACCGAUUGCGCUUUCCGGCUUCCUUUUUCUACCUGACGUGCCGGAGAUCACGCGGGCUUGGUAUUUGACGCCCGAUGAAAUUGUCCUGGCGCAGACACGCAUGCAAGCCGACGGUCGUGCGAACCGCGCACCAUACACUAGAAAGAAAAUUAAGAAAAUCUUUUCGAGUUGGCAUAUCUACCUCUUGACCUUGUUGUACAUCUUAUACAUGAAUGGUGGUGGAGUAUCGGGGCAGCCAGCGUUUGCUAUUUGGCUAAAGCAGCAAGGCUACAGUAUAACGCAGAUCAAUACGUAUCCGACCUUAACGACAGCUGUCCAGAUCGUCACCACGAUGACCUACGCAUGGACGUCGGAUACCAUCUUGCACGGCGAGCGAUGGCCGCCAAUCAUCUUCUCGGGUGUUAUGAUAAUCAUCGUCAACACGAGUCUGACGAUAUGGAAUAUUCCGACUGGCUGGAAAUGGGCUUGUUUCAUACUAGCCGGCUGUUCUAGUGGAAUUAGCGGAUUGAUAUAUGCGUGGAUGCACGAGAUUUGCGCUGAAGACAACGAGGAGAGAGCCUUAGUGGCGGGCUCAAUGAACGAGAUGGCGAACGUGGUCCAAGCAUGGCUUCCCCUGCUGAUUUGGCAGCAAGUCGAGGCGCCGGAGUAUCCAAAAGGGUAUUCGGCGUCAAUAGGGAUUGCGGUAGCCAUGAUGGCCACGGCAAUGGCUAUUAGACAUUUGCAAAGAAAGGAAACAACUGCGCGGCAAUUGCGUCUACCCGAGACUGAAUCAGACCAUCAGCGUCAAGAGUUGCCGCUGGAACAAAGGUUACUUAUUAGCUUGUAGCUGUUCAAUGGGCCAUCGGAACGACACAAAAGUCAUAUAACCAAGAUACAUACGACUGAAUGAUGGAAGAGUAGGUAUAAAGGAUCAUUACAUGCAUCAGAAAUGAGUCAAUCAUUUCGAGGUCGUUGCUAGCGGCAUCAUUAUGUGACUUAUUACAAGAUAAUAUGUUGACCAUAUUUUGACUCGAUUCUUGGCUUGAAUCUUGCUGUGCGCUUUGCUUUGUGCCUCUCCUUUUGCGGGAUCUCCUUGAGAGCUCUGACUACCAUCUACCAGUGAUCGGGGUGCUGUGGGGUUUCCCUUUACGAGGAAUAUCCGCGUAGAUUUGAAGUCAAACACCGGCGGUAGAAUGAAUCCUGAGUUCUAGAACCUCAGACCGACAAAGCGAAGCACUGCCCGGGUUCUUUUGUGAGCUGCUGGGCUCAUAGCCUGCCAAAUAGCCAUCUGGAAAGAAAUCGAUGAUUGUUCAAGUUGAAAGGUUCUAGCUACAUGACUAUCUAGGCUCUAUUCGUAGACCAGCGAUCCAACAAUGAUAAUAGUAUUUGUAGCACCAGAAACG